AUGGAUCGAAAAUUUAACUCUGAUAACCAAUGGUUUAUUUCUCCACUUACGGAUCUUAAAGCUUUUAGAGAUGACGCAUUGCAGGCAAAUUCGGAUUUGAGGGAUUCCAUUAAAAUUGGCGACGAAUUUUGUGAGGAUCCAAAACUUUUGUUAAUGUGCACAACGGGUUGUUCGAAAGAAGAAGCUAAUGAUGUGAUAGACCAUGGCUUGAACUUGGACAAUUUUACUAACGAUCCGCCGUUUGAACAAAAGGAAUUUGAAGAAAUGAAAGAAGAGUCACGAGAUGAAUGCGACAAAUACAAUCUUAAUGUCUUGAAGUUCACCAAAAAGCGAGAUGAAUAUUGCCAAGCAUCAAGGCAAAGAAAAUCUCAAUAUAUUACAACAUUGAAGUACGACAGAAUUACUUUUAAUAUAUUGGGAGAAAGCAAGCUCUUUCGUCCUCAAACCGCGUUCAAACAGGAGUGUGAAAGCGACAUUGUGAUGAUUGUCGACGUUCUUGCUCCGUAUAAUCGAAUUUUAUCAAAAUCGGAACUUCGCAGCUCACGAUUAAUGAAACCAGAAUCAAAAUUAAUGGUCCGUGGCGAAACGCUUCUUUCAGAUUUUCGUAAAAAACUUUUCUGCCUCUGUGAUGCUGUUAUUCAGCUUGAAGACGGAAAAGAGCUUUUGGAACCGAACGUGGAAAAUUCAACUGCUGAAUUGUUUCCGUCGAGUUUUAUUUUUAUUAACGACACAUUUUAUGUUGAUCUGUCUCACGAAAAUUCAAAAGAUAUUUCAGUACCCAUUAGGGAAUUCAUGGCUAAAAAAAAGAUUUUCGAUCCAGUUGAUGCUCAAAGCAUUGAAGGCGUAAAAUUUGUUGAUCUCACUCUUCGGCUUGGUCAGCCUUAUGUAUACCAACAUUCUGGAUAUUGUGAGCAUUUAUUAAUUUUCCAUGACCUUAAACUGCUUCAUCCGUCAGAUAUACAGCCUAUUCAAGCGUAUCCAAUGUCAAUCUACAUAAGAGGUUUCGAAAGAAAGUGUGACUCUUGUCACAAAGGAUUUGUAUCGUAUGUCAUGGAAAAAAGCGAGCUUGUUCCUAUGACUUACUGUUUUAUGUGUCACGAUUGCUUUAAAGAUUUUGGAUUCAGUAAUGGGAUGAAAACGCAUUCAUUCCGCGCCUGGCCAUAUUAUGACUUGAAUAACUUGAAAGCUUAA